AUGGCAGUAGCUCAUGAUCAGGCCUCUUCUUCUUCUUCAUCCUCGUUUGGUUUAAGGAGUUAUGAAGUAUUCUUGAGCUUUCACGGCGAAGACGUUCGCACCAAUUUCGAGGACCACCUCUACUGUGCCUUGGAUAGGGCUGGAAUUCGAACUUACAGAGAUGAGGAUAAACUCCCCAAGGGAGAAAUGAUUGGCCCGGAGCUAAUCUCUGCAAUCCAAGAUUCAAUAAUCUCCCUUCCCAUCUUAUCCCCGAACUAUGGGUCAAGCAAAUGGUGUCUCAAUGAGCUAACCCAGAUAUCUGAAUGCAGAAAAACAAAGAAACAGAUUGUGUUUCCCAUUUUCUACAAAGUUGAGCCAAUGGAAGUGCGAAACCAGAAAAACAAAUAUGAGGAAGCCUUUGUGGAGUACCAGAGGCACGUCGACGAAUACCAGAAGGAUUUAGUGGAUAAGUACCAAUUCCAAUUUGGAUCAUCAACCGCCCAGCUGCCUGAUAAGACCGUGCUGCACAGACACGGUAAGGCGAUAAAUGAUCGUUUUAUCCUCAAUCGGGUAAAACGCUCAGGUAAGAACGCUGAAAGCUUAGAGGGACUGAGUUUGGUUCGACUACUUGUACCAACAGAUGAUGUAUUCUCACUCGAGAUGAAGUUGAAAACCGAAAAAGAAAAUAUACAAAAGUGGAAAGAGGCUCUGAGAGAGAUUGGAGAAUUGAAUGGAUGGCAUCUCAAAGAGCGCAUGUAUGAAGGGAAGUUAAUAAAAGAAAUUGUUAAAACAGUUUGGACUACAUUGAACAAGAUACUCUUGCCUGUUUCUAAUAAGCUAGUUGGAAUCCAAAAUCAUAUAAAAGAAAUGUUAAUGCGAUUAGAUAUGGAGUCUGGUGACAGAAAGAUUGUGGGUAUCCAUGGCCUCGGUGGCAUUGGAAAGACAACAAUCGCUAAGGUUGUUUGCGAUACAGUCCUUAGCCAUUUUGAAGGAUAUAAAUUUAUUGAAAAUGUUCGAGAGAAUGCUUCAAAAUUUGGGAUUCCCUAUCUGCAAAACCAACUUAUCAAUGGUCUCCUGAAAGAAGAAAAUCAAAAUAUUACUGAUGUGGGUUCUGGAAUUAAAGUGAUCCAACAAAGGUACUGCCAAAAAAAAGUUCUUAUUGUUCUUGAUGAUGUGGAUCAAGAUGAUCAAGUAAAGUCUCUAGCUGGGGACUGUAAAUGGUUUGGUAACGGAAGUAAGAUCAUUAUCACAACCCGAAAUAUGGAAGUUUUAAUUGCUCAAAAACCAGAUAGUAUUUAUGUGCCCGAAGUAAUGGUAUUCGAUGAUUCUCUUAAACUUUUUAGUCAUUAUGCGUUUGGAAGGGACCAACCUCUAGAAGGUUAUUUGGAUCUCUCCAAAGCUAUGGUAGAAAGUACUGGAGGACUUCCCUUGGCUCUUCGAGUUAUAGGUUCAUCUUUAUUUGAUGAAAAGAAAAAAGCAGUAUGGAAAGAUAAGUUAAAGCAGAUGCAAAAAUUUCCCGAUGAUCGUGUUAUGAAAAGUUUGAAAAUAAGUUAUGAUGGAUUAGGAUAUCUGGAGAAACAAAUAUUUCUUGACACGGCUUUUUUUUUCAUCGGAAUGAAUAAAGAUAUUGCAUGUCAUAUAUGGGAAGGAUGUGAUUUUUUCCCUCAAGCCGGACUUAAAGUUCUUUGUGAAAAGUCCUUGGUAACAAUUAAUGAGGAUGAUAACUUAAGUAUGCAUGAUAUACUUCGGGAUCUUGGAAGGUUUAUUGUUUGUGAAGAGAGCAUAAAAAAGCCAAGGCAGCGUAGUCGAAUAUGGUCUCAAAAGGAAGUCUUCGAAGUACUGAUUAAACAAACGAUGGCAGAAAAUUUGAAAGUUCUAAAUCUCAAGUCUUGUCGUCUACUAUCAAGUACCCCUGAUGUUUCAGCAAAUCGACUCUUGGAGGUAUUAAUCCUUAAAGAUUGUGAAAUUUUGGAUGAUAUUGAUACAUCGAUUUGUUGUCACAAGAAGUUAGUCACAUUAGACAUGAGUGGUUGCAAGAGACUGGAGGAUUUCCCAAGUGAAAUUUCCCAGUUGACUUUUCUCAAAAGACUCGAUUUAGGAAAAUGCACAAAUCUAAAGAAGUUGCCGGUGAAUUUGGGCCGUCUAAUCUCCUUGACAGAACUUAAUUUAAGUGUGUUUGAUCUGGUUGAUCUCCCGAUUGAAAUUUGUCAGUUGACUUAUCUGGAAAGAUUCAGUUUAAAGUACUGGCGCAAUCUAAAGAAGCUGCCGGAGAAUUUGGGCCGUCUGACCUCCUUGACAAAACUUAAUUUAAGUGGCUGCUAUGAUCUGGUGGAUCUCCCAAUUGAAAUUUGUCAGUUGACUUCUCUUGAAAGACUCCAUUUAAGUCAUUGCACCAGUCUCAAAAAGCUGCCGGAGAACUUAAAGGGCAUGAUCUCCUUGACAUUACUUGAUGUCUAUAGCUGCGUAAGUCUUGAAUCGCUUCCAAAUCUUCCUUCUACUGUAAGAUCACCCCCACUGUUUUCGAACCUAAAAUAUCGAGGGGAAUUCCGCAUUGAAUGGUGCUCGACGCUUUUACACAUCUCAGGUGCUGCUGCUGCUGCUGAUGAGGAGCAGAAAUUGGAUUCCCUGGUGAAGUUCGACAUUCUUGACUGUCCAAAAUUAAAAAAAUUACUAAAAGUGACGGGCUCGAAAAAUCUAAGGGCAAUAGAGCUCUCUAUGUGUUCCGUCGUAUCCGAUUUUGAAGGCGGCGAAGGGAUGGAGUCUUUGGAGGAGUUGGAGAUAAAGAGUUGCCAAAAAUUAAGAAAAUUACGAUAUCUGCGAGAUUCCAAAAAGCUGAGGGAACUAAAAAUCGAGUUUUGUCCGGAAUUGUCCGAGAUUGUGCGGCUUGGGGACUAUGAAUCCUUACAAAAAUUAACAAUCAGUCGGUGCAUCUCGAUAGAAAGAUUACCUGAUCUCUCAACCAUUAAAAACUUGAAGCAUCUACAGAUUACAGGCUGCAAGAAUCUAACCGAGAUUCAUGGUGUUCACAGAUUGAAAUUCUUAGAGAAUUUGAAUAUUAGUGGGUGCGACGACGACGACUCCAUCAUCAUCGAAAGCUUACUUGAUCUGUCAAACUUACAAAAUUUGAAGAAUCUUUCGAUUAAAGGUUGGAAGAAUCUAACCGAGAUUCAUGGUAUUGACGGAUUGGAAUUGUUAGAGGAGGUCAAUAGCAGUGGUUGCGAGUCCUUGGAAAGAUUAACACUUCUGUCAAAAAAUUUAAAGAGGCUAGCCAUUACUGCCUGCAAGAAGCUAACUGAGAUUCAAAUCGGUAAUGAAUUGCGACAUGGGUUUACAUGGAAUGUUGAGGAGUGUAUAUCAUUGAAAAAAAAUACCAGAUCGGUUGAAGUUACGUUUCCCGAAACUAAAUGGUUUUGGAUGGGUGAGUCCCACCCACUGAGGAUGGUCGGAGACCCAAAUUGA